CACGUGAGCGCCGAAGCUCCUCCGUGGCUCUGGAUGGUCCCGAACACCUCCGGACUGUGUAGGGUGGGUUCUGCUCCUCCGGUGCUCAUCUCCUCUCGCCCUCCUCCGGUGAUUCAGACGGUCUCGGGAUGGCAGAUGUCCUGCGAUCCGUUUGUGCCUGUGAUGCGCACUGCCGCCGCGGAACCCGCGACCAUCAGUCAGUUCAGUCUGCCCAGUGUUCAGUGGGAGAUGCCUUCCAGGCCUCAUGUGUUGGGUUUCCAACCUUCUACAAGUGUGGAUCUACUUCCAGUGUUUCCUCAUGUAUACCGGACGGUCCUGCCUCCACACUACGGCAAGGGCUGGGUGGAAAAACGUGUGCCUGACUACAAGUUUUAUCUAAACAACACUUUAGCUCUUGAGACCACCUGGAUCAGUCCAGAGGAAAUGGGAAUUUUCCAGCGUCAGGAAAAACCACUGCUGAGGACAAAUCAAACGGCGUUGAGCAUAUGUAGGCCAGCUGCAGCCUCCAGGAAUAUCCACACUCUACUGCUGACACCCAGGCGUGUUUCAGGUUGUCCCGUGGCCAUUAAGCGAGUAGGAAGUUCUAAACGGAUCGCUCUGGCAGCAGCAGCCAUGAUGGUGAUGGAUUCUGACGUGACACAGGGACCAUCUGUCUCUUCUGCUCACCCUCUCCACCUGCUCUCGCUCUCACCCAUCAAGAUUCCCUUUCUGACGGCACCUCACGCAGGUUGUCCCGUGGCCAUUAAGCGAGUAGGAAGUUCUAAACGGAUCGCUCUGGCAGCAGCAGCCAUGAUGGCGAUGGAAUCUGACGUGACACAGGGACCUUCUGUCUCUUCUGCUCACCCUCUCCACCUGCUCUCAUUCUCACCCAUCAAGCUUCCCUUUCUGACAGCACCUCACGCAGGAACACGGAGCAGCUGGGAAGGCUUACUGGGACCCAUCCUGCCCUCUCAGAUCACUGCAGUAACAUCACUCUCUGCUCCUGGAGUGACCCUACUUACUGGAAACUGGAAGAAGCAAAGAGCAACAGAUAAGAUUUUGGAAUUGAAGAAGCCAUCCUGCACAGACGCCUUAGUGCUCCACCGUGAUCCAAACCCAAAGGCUAAAGCUGAGGAUGAGCCUUUUAAAGUCAGUAUGGAUGAGGACAGUUCGCUCAAAGACAAGCGGCCGGUUGCAUCCACGCCUAUACCUGGAUCACCAUGGUGUGUAGUGUGGACAGGCGAUGACAGGGUGUUUUUCUUCAAUCCCACCAUGCAUCUGUCAGUAUGGGAGAAACCAGUGGAUCUGAAAGACCGUGGAGACCUCAAUCGAAUCAUCGAGGACCCACCACAUAAACGCAAGAAAGACUCUUUAGACGAUGGCUCAAAUGCUGAUGAUGACGACGACGAUGAAGAGGAAGGUAGUUCAAAGACCAAGCGCUACAAACUGGACCAUCCUGUUGAGUGUGAAGGAAAAAACGGAUCAUCUCUUCGGAUGGUUUUACCGCUGGAGCUCCGGAUCGGCCACUUCAGAGACAUGCUUCUGGAAAGAGGGGUGUCUGCAUUCUCCACCUGGGAGAAAGAACUGCACAAAAUUGUAUUUGAUCCACGGUACCUGCUGCUGAGUCCAGAGGAACGAAAGCAGAUUUAUGAUCAGUUUGUCAAAGCAAGAAUGAAAGAGGAGCACAAGGAGAAAAAGUGCAAACUCCAGCAAGCAAAAGAAGAGUACAGAAAACUGCUGGAGGAAUCAAAAAUCACAUCCAGGUCGAUGUUCAAAGAGUUUUCGGAAAAGUAUGGAAACGAUCCACGGUUUAAACAGGUACUGAAGAGGAAAGACCAAGAGCUGUUUUUCACCCAGUUCAUCGGCACGUUAAAGAAGCGGGACAAGGAGAACAGAAUUCGUCUGAGGAAGAUGAGAUGAGUGUUUGCGGACAGGGCCGUGAACUCUCCACAGUACUGUGAACUGAUUUCCCGUGACUGUUUAUCACAGUGUAUACGGUGAUACCAUCUGCCCAUAUGUCUGACCAAACCAAAAGGGCAGUUUGCUUUUCAAUGACUGACUUUCAAACAAACGGAACCAAUACAGAACCAGCAGAAUCUGAGCAGCG